AACCAAUUAGCGGCCGAGAUCGAGCCGUUGGCGUUCGAAAUCAGCCAAUGAUAGUCCUGCUCCGGGACUUCCUCUCCGCCUCCUCCGCUGGCCUGCGAGUGCUCGGAGAGAAACGGGGCGUUAGUGGCCGGUGCGGAAACGUUGCUUAAGCUAACACGAGAUGACGGGUUCGAACGAAUUCAAGCUCAAUCAGCCACCCGAGGAUGGCAUCUCCUCGGUCAAGUUCAGCCCCAACACCUCCCAGUUCCUCCUGGUCUCCUCCUGGGAUACGUCUGUGCGCCUAUACGAUGUGCCCGCCAACUCCAUGCGACUCAAGUACCAGCACACUGGUGCAGUCUUGGACUGCGCCUUCUACGAUCCAACACAUGCCUGGAGUGGAGGAUUAGACCAUCAACUGAAAAUGCACGAUUUGAAUACCGAUCAAGAAAAUCUUGUCGGAACUCACGAUGCCCCUAUCAGAUGUGUGGAGUACUGUCCGGAAGUGAAUGUGAUGGUUACUGGAAGUUGGGAUCAGACAGUUAAACUGUGGGAUCCCAGAACUCCUUGUAAUGCUGGGACCUUCUCUCAGCCAGAAAAGGUGUAUACCCUAUCAGUGUCCGGGGACAGGCUGAUUGUGGGUACAGCAGGCCGCCGAGUGCUGGUGUGGGACUUGAGGAAUAUGGGCUAUGUGCAGCAGCGCAGGGAAUCCAGCCUGAAGUACCAGACUCGCUGCAUCCGUGCCUUCCCAAAUAAGCAGGGUUAUGUGUUGAGCUCCAUUGAAGGCCGAGUGGCGGUUGAAUACUUGGACCCAAGCCCCGAGGUUCAGAAGAAGAAGUAUGCCUUCAAGUGUCACAGGCUAAAGGAAAACAACAUUGAGCAGAUUUACCCAGUCAACGCCAUUUCCUUUCACAAUAUCCACAAUACAUUUGCCACAGGUGGUUCUGAUGGAUUUGUAAAUAUUUGGGACCCAUUUAACAAAAAGCGACUGUGCCAGUUCCAUCGAUACCCCACUAGCAUUGCGUCUCUGGCCUUCAGUAAUGACGGAACUAUGCUUGCAAUAGCAUCAUCUUAUAUGUAUGAAAUGGAUGACACGGAGCAUCCUGAAGAUGGUAUCUUCAUUCGCCAAGUGACAGAUGCAGAAACAAAGCCCAAGUCUACAUAAUCAUCUGGUGGAAGUUGUUUCUCUGUGGAAAGCUUUGCUUCCUACAAACACUUGUUUCCCCCAAGGGCUGCUGUAGUCAUUGGAGACUCCGUCUAGUGUGUGGAUCUCUGUUUCCUGUCAUAACAGCAAUGUCUCUGUGUACUCUGUAAUUGUUUGGGGUGGGGAGGCUUCGUGCCCUUGUACAGUAGUCAAAUUCUUCUGUCCCUAUUGCUGUUAAUAUUCCAGUUCUUUGUAGCACCGUCUAAAACUGUUACUAUUUUUCUGCUGUUUAAUAAAUCAGACUUGGGACUUUUGAAAGUUGGGUGUUUUGAAAGAUUUUGGUAAUUAGUGUCAUUUAUUGCAUAACAAAACUUUGCUUAGACAAAAGUGUUCUUCAUCAAGGGCAUGUUGUGAGUGACAUUUGACCUUUAAAUGUACUCUGCCUUAUUUAUUUAUGUCUGCUUUUGUACAUUUCCCCGGCCCUGGAUAAAGUAACGCACUUGAAUUCACUCAGCCAUUUUGCUAUUGUUCCUGCUCAUGUUCAGGAUUGGUGACACCUGUGAACCAUCUCUAUAGCUCCCCUCAGGAUGGGCAUAGACUGCUGGCCUCAGGGCAUCUCUGGCUUAAUGCUGUAGCAAUGCCAGUGUUGUAGAGAGCAUGCAUCCCCGUGCUGACAGUGACAUGCUUUGCAGACAGAGAACGAAAUGACUUAGCCAUCAACUACUACAUGAAAGGGAAGUCCUUGGGAUGGUAAAUGAUGUAGCAGCCAGGGGCUUACUGGUGGCAUUGGUCCUAUGGUAGGAUUUUAUGCUUAUUAAAGUCAUAAUCACUUGAUUGAGUACAGAGCAUAAAUUCCAAACAUUGUAUUAAAGAUGACCAAAUUAAAGCCAUGUAUCGGACUUGUGUUUGAUGUCCCUCUCUGACCCUUAAAACAAAAUGUUUCUCCCUGACUCCUCUGCAUACUACUUGCCCACCGGCUCAGUUUGCCUGUUUGUUAUUACAACUACUUUUACCUUCAGUUUCCCAGGUGUAGUUUACCAUGGCCUUUUCUUUUUGAGGAUGAAUGUCUGUACACCAACAGUGUGCAGUACACUCUGAAGGCAGAAGAGAGCAUCAAAUCCCCUGGGACUGGAGCUAGAGAUGGUUGUGACCAUCCAUGUAGUUGCUGGGAAUUGAACUCUGGUCCUUUGGAAGAGCUACCCAGUGCUCUUAACCUUUGAGCUCUCUCUCCAAUCCAGCAUUGGCAUUUUAAAUGAGUUUUCUUACUGAUGCUGUAACUGUUUCUUCACUCUGUCUUUCUGCCGAUUGCUACUGUUCUCAGGGUCUUUUGGGUGUAUGUUACACAUCAGCCCUUUUCUUAAAUCCUGUGUCUCCUAGAAUGAUGUGUCUCUUGUGUUUUAGCAGAGUACAAGUCAGCAUAAUUGGUAUGACAGACCAAAGUUUGGUCAAAUUUGCUCUUUUUGUAUGUGGGGUAUCUGGUGGGUGGGUGCAUAUGUGUAUCGCUAUAUUUAGUGCUGGCUAUGAUGUCUUGACAUUAUUUUACAAUAAAUUGUCACAAUUUUCAGAAACUGCUCAGUGUCUUGCAAAAUUAAGAAACAUGAACAGUAAUACUUGG